UGUUUCCACUUUGCCCAGUGAGUCCAGCUGAAUGAGCGCAAGUCGGAGGGAUGAACGAAACGAGCCGAGCGGCAGAGAGGAUGGCUGUCGUUUAAAGAGGCAGAGCCCGGCAAAGAGCAGGAAGCCUCGCGGAUCACCGCCGACACCCGGCAUCAGCCCGGCCGCCCCAGAGCUGGAGAACCUGUCCCCGUCGCCCCCGCCUCGCGCCCCCCUCAGCGGGAUGUACCCCGAAGAGAGCCGGGGUUCCGGUGGGGUCGCCACGGUGGACUUCCUGGAGGGGACGUACAACUAUGCCUCCCCUACUCCGGCCCAGACGCCGCUUUACAGCCACCCGGUGCCGGGCUAUUACGCAGCCCCCCUGGACACGCACGGAUCGCCCUCGGACGGCAGCCUCCAGUCGCUGGGCAGCGGGCCCACCAGCCCCCUCGUGUUUGUGCCCACCAGCCCCCGACUCAGCCCCUUCAUGCACCCCCCUGGCCAUCACUAUCUGGAAGCCACUUCAACACCCAUCUACAGGUCCAGCGAGACGGUCAGUCAGCAGCAGGCGUCCAGGGACGACCAGUGCGGCACUAGUGACGAGGCGUACGUCUUGGGGGGCUCGGAGGCAGCCGCCGCUGCCGCCAUCGGGGUGUUCGAGAUGGCCAAGGAGACGCGCUUCUGUGCCGUGUGCAGCGACUACGCCUCCGGCUACCACUACGGGGUGUGGUCCUGCGAGGGAUGCAAGGCAUUCUUUAAGAGGAGCAUCCAAGGUCACAAUGACUACGUGUGCCCGGCAACCAAUCAGUGCACUAUUGACAGAAAUCGCAGGAAGAGCUGCCAAGCGUGCCGACUAAGGAAGUGUUAUGAAGUGGGCAUGAUGAAAGGAGGUGUGCGCAAAGACCGCGGUCGCGUAAUACGCCGUGACAAGCGGCGGACCGGCGCCACGGAGAAGUUGACCAAGGAGACGGAUCACAGAAAAAUGGCCCCCCAGGAAACGCGGAAGCAGAGCGGUGGCGGAAUUGCCGGAGGGGGAAGAUCAUCGGUAACGGACAUCCCUCCUGACCAGGUGCUCCUCCUGCUGCAGGGGGCCGAACCCCCAAUUUUAUGUUCUCGACAGAAGCUGAGCCGACCCUACACGGAGGUCACCAUGAUGACGCUGCUCACCAGCAUGGCUGACAAGGAGCUGGUACACAUGAUCACCUGGGCCAAGAAGCUGCCAGGCUUCCUCCAGCUGUCCCUGCACGACCAGGUGCAGCUGCUGGAGAGCUCGUGGCUGGAGGUGCUGAUGAUCGGCCUCGUCUGGAGGUCCGUCCACUGUCCAGGCAAGCUCAUCUUCGCUCAGGACCUCAUUCUGGACAGGACUGAAGGCGACUGCGUGGAAGGCAUGGCGGAGAUCUUCGACAUGCUGCUGGCCACCGCCUCUCGUUUCCGCAUGCUCAGACUCAAGCCCGAGGAGUUCGUCUGCCUCAAAGCAAUCAUCUUGCUCAACUCCGGCGCCUUCGCGUUCUGCACGGGCACUAUGGAGCCGCUGCACGACAGCUCGGCGGUGCAGGGGAUGUUGGACACCAUCACGGACGCCCUCAUACAUCACAUCAGCCAAUCGGGUUGCUCGGUGCAGCAGCAGGCCAGGCGCCAGGCCCAGCUGCUCCUCCUCCUCUCUCACAUCAGACACAUGAGUAACAAAGGCAUGGAGCACCUGUACAGCAUGAAGUGCAAGAACAAGGUGCCAUUGUACGACCUGCUGCUAGAGAUGCUGGACGCUCACCGCCUGCACCGUCCCGUCAGACCCACGCAGAUCUGGUCCCAGGCGGAGAGAACGCCUCCUGGCGGCAGCAACGGCGCCACCUCCAGUUCAGGAGGCCGCGGCGCCCAAGAGAGCAUGAGUAGGAGCCCCCCGUGUCCAGGCGUGCUGCAGUUCGGAGGGUCCCGGCCCGACUGCGCAGAAAUCCUGUGAGAUGGACAAAGGAUCAGUGUUGUGCUGAAGGUCAUUUGAUGAAUAUUUAUACAUUUCUGACAUCACUUUGAGAUCGCUCACACGGCUUCUCAGCUGCACUGUUUGAAAUUCAUGUUUUUUUUCUUCUUUCAUUUUGAUUCCCAUUCAACCAAAGUGCACUUCCUCUUAGCUUGAAGGGGCUACUGGGCAUUACUUUCAUUUGUUUGCAUAAUAAGCUGUGAUUGAAAAAUGUGUCGGUUCUUCACCUGCCAGCUGAGUACCAGCAUGUCUGAUGUCUAACGUUUGCUACACUACUACCGGUUUGAUCAUAUUUGUAAACUGUAUAUUGAUCGCGAUUGAUAACUGUUUGUGUUUCCGUCUGCCGUGUCGUUGGGAAAAAAAUGACCACCUGCAAGUUACACAGCUUCAAAUCCGAGCCAAACUGUAUUUGGGUUACUGAUUUGUUCACUUGCACUUGUUUUGUAUUAAAUGUUGAUUAUUUCUGGUCCAAUUGUUGUUUUAUCACGAUUAUGUGCUGAAAAGUAUUCACUGAUGGGGAAAAAAAUAAAAAAAAUAAAAUAAAAAAAAUCUGUCUUUGGAAAUAAAUAUAUUGUAUGUAAACAUUUAUUUGGAAAAUAAAUAAUUUUGAGCCAUGGAUUUGCCUCAAAAUGUUAAAUUUU